AUGUCCGCCACACUCCCAAAGAUCAAUUUUAUCACGGGAAAUAAGAACAAGCUUGCUGAAGCUACGGCAAUCCUGGGUGAUAUGGUGCGGCUUUCAAAUCAGAAUAUUGAGAGCUCUGAGAUUCAGGGUUCUCUUGAAGAAAUUGCGCGAGAUAAAUGUCAAAAAGCAGCUAUAGCAGUCAACGGUCCUGUCUUGACAGAGGACAGUGCCCUUGAAUUUAGGGCGCUCAAAGGUUUACCUGGGCCAUAUAUAAAAUGGUUCUACUCUGCUCUAGGAAAUGAUGGUUUAUGCGAUUUACUUGCAGCCUACGAGGAUAAAGUAGCUACCGCCGUGUGCACAUUCGCCUUCUCUCCCGGCCCAGGAAUCGAGCCUCUGCUUUUCCAGGGAUAUACCCAAGGCAAGAUUGUUCCUAAAAGAGGCGAUGGUGGUUUUGCUUUUGACCCUAUCUUCGAAGUCCAAGGCCAAACGUAUGCGGAAAUGAGUUUUGCACAUAAAAAUACAGUUUCUGAGAGAUUCAAAGCUCUAGAGAAAGUGAAGGAUUGGCUAAAGAGCACAAUAUAA